AUGCCUCCGCCCCUACCUUCCCAUCGCGGGAUGACCGCGAACCCGCUCAAACCUGUAGGCCGUUAUCGACCUGGAAAGCCAGUCGCAGAGGAACACUCAUCAUCCGAGGAAGAGGAGGAAGAAGAAGAUAUCGAAGCGCAGAGAGAACAAGAACGAAAACAGGCCGAAGCGCAGCGCCGGAGACAGCAAGCUCCAAAAGCAAGCUCUUUCCCUUCUGCGGCCGCCCGCAAGGCUGUCCAGGAAGAGGAGGACGAUGAGGAGGAAGGAUUCGUGACUGACGAGGAGGAUGAGGAAGCCCCGGCACCAGCACCCAGUGCUGCAUCACAAGCUACAGCCUCUCCGAAAGGAGCUGGAGCUACAAAACCCACCCCCGCCGCCGCCGCAGAAGAAAGUGAAGAAAGUGAAGAGGAAGAGAGCUCGGAAGAGGAGAGCAGCUCAGAAGAUGAAGCGCCUCGGCGCAUGUUGAUACGGCCUACAUUUAUUAAGAAGGACAAAAGAGGACAAGGUGCUGAGCAAACACAAGCUGCAGCAAAUGCAGCAAACGCCGAGGCAGAUGCGGAAGCACGGCGCCUCGCCCAACGACAAGAAAAAGCCGACCAGCUAGUCCGGGACCAACUCGAGAAAGAUGCAAUCGCGCGCUCCUCAGCAAACCGAGCCUGGGACGACGACGAACUAGUAGCCGACGAAGAAGAGGCCAUUGAUGACAAGGAUGGCGUGGAUCCAGACGCAGAAUAUGCCGCCUGGAAGCUUCGAGAACUGAAGCGGGUCAAGCGCGAGCGCGAAGCCAUCGAAGAAGCCGAGAAAGAGCGCGAAGAAAUCGAGCGACGACGCAACCUCACUCAAGAAGAGCGUGAUCGCGAAGAUGCCGAAUACAUUGCACAACAAAAGGAAGAUCGUGAAGCCACCCGUGGUCAAACUGGAUUCAUGCAACGCUACUUCCACAAGGGAGCCUUCUUCCGCGAUGACCAGGAGAAAGAGGGUCUGGACCAACGGAAUGUCAUGGGUCGACGGUUCGUGGAUGAUGUGGCGCGUGAGACGCUGCCUGAAUACAUGCAGGUCCGUGAUAUGACCAAGCUGGGCAAGAAAGGCCGCACUCGCUAUCGCGAUCUCAAGUCUGAGGACACGGGACGGUUUGGCGGGGGAUAUCAAAAUCGUCGCUUCGAUAAUGGCCCGCCUGUUGGUGUUACUGAUGAGCGAUUUAUGCCUGAUCAAAGGGAUGACCGGGGCACAGGACCGGCUGGACCGACAGGUGCCAAUGCCAGUUUUGUUCGACCGAGGCGGAGGUCUAGAUCUCGUUCCCCACGAAGGGUCCGACGGGAUAAUCGGGAUGAACGAAGUCGUUCCCGAGAGCGGCGGAAACGCAGCCCGUCUCCUUAUGAAGAUCGGGAUAAGCGCCGACGAGUUGAUAGCACUUCAUGA